AUGCUGGACAUAGAAAAACAAGUAAAAAACCUAAAGCGAAGUAAAGGUGAGUCCACCUUAAGACUUUUAGUUGCAUUGGUGCUCCUAGUCUACGUUUUAUUUUUAGUAUAUAUGACUCUGUUAAGUGUAUAUCAGGAUUUUGAGUAUCCACUUUUAAAAAAGCUUUGGAAAAACUUCUUUGUGGGCGAGAUAACCACAAGCACGCAUGCAGAGGCAAAUCGAGUUGAUCCAGGAAAGAAACUUCACCGACCAACUUGGAAGGAAAUAGCCAUCCAAGCUGGCGUCCAUACUUUGCAAAUGGUCGUUAACUAUUUCAACUUCUUAUAUUUAAUUGUCUGUUCAGUGACAAUAUUUUGCUUACUGGGCCAUCUAAAAUCGAGUAGAUUCCUUAAUCAACCAUUGUGGGAAGUGGUCCGGAAAUUGUUUUUCGUAGGCUCUAUCUUAGGCGCUUUCAAUUAUGCAUUAUACAUUGCCAAAGGGUAUUACCCUCUUCCUUAA